AUGUCUGCAUUUGUCACGAAAACCAUCCUCGUGGCACUCUCAUUGCUUCUGGUAGCAUCAGAUUACAAUUCCAAUGCAACUAAAGUGAGAGUGAAGAACAAUUUAGACGAGGGCAAAACCCUAACCCUAAGUUGCACAUAUAAUGCAGCAAAUAAUACCAAGUCAGCGCCGGUGGACGGAGUUCUUCAGAGCAAUCAAAUAAAAGAAUUUAGUUUCAACUCAAUUGCUACUCCGAGUAUUGAUUGCACGUUCAAGUGGAAAGAUACUUCUCACUUGUUCCCAAUAUACGUUGAUUACAGGGAUAAUCCUUAUUGUCUUACUGAGUGCACUUGGAGUAUCAAGCCAGAUCGGCCUUGUAGGGUGGAUCCUAACUAUUCAGAGAUUAUAUAUUACUGUGAUACUUGGAUCAAAUAA